AUGUCGACCACCAGUAAUAACGCUGCUGUUCCCGCUACGCAGAACGGCUCGCAGGAGCAACCAAAGAGGCUGAGAUAUAUCGAUAUUGGCAUUAACCUUGGCGAUCCCAUCUUCCGCGGCGUAUACCACGGCAAGCAGGCGCAUGAGGACGACUUCGAGGGCGUGAUGGAGCGCGCGUUGGCUGCCGGCUGCGAGAAGAUGAUGGUGACCGGCUCGGACCUGAAGGAGUCGCAGCAUGCGGUUCAGAUCGCGAAGGAGCAUCCCGGCCUCUGCUACGCCACCGUCGGCGUGCACCCCUGCUCCGCGAAGCAAUUCGACACGCACCCAGGCGGGCCGGACGCGCUGCUCGCGGAGCUGGAGACGCUGGCGCGCACCGCCGCCGCCGCGGGCCACGCCGUCGCCUUCGGCGAGAUCGGGCUCGACUACGACCGGCUGUUCCUGACGCCCAAGGAGCAGCAGCUGCGCUACUUUUCCGCGCAGCUCGACCUCGCCGUCGAGCUGCAGCUGCCGCUCUUCCUGCACAGCCGCGCCGCCGCCGACGACUUCGAGCGCCUGCUCGCCGAGCGCCUGCCGCGCCUGCCGCGCGGCGGGCUCGUGCAUUCGUUCACGGGCACGGCGGAAGAGAUGAGGCGGCUGGUCGCGCUGGGGCUGGACGUUGGCGUGAAUGGGUGUAGUCUGAAGACGGAGGAGAACGUCGAGGUCGUGCGGGAGAUCCCGCUCGAGCGGCUGCAGAUCGAGACGGAUGGCCCGUGGUGCGAGAUGCGGCCCAGUCAUGCGAGUGCGAAGUUCUUGAAGGAGGCGCCGGUGCCGGAGGUGCCCAGGGCGGUUAAGAAGGAGAGGUGGGCGAAGGGGUGUAUGGUCAAGGGGAGGAACGAGCCGGCGACUAUCCCGCUCGUGGCCCAUGUCAUUGCGAGGAUCAAGGGGGUCGAUGUGGAGGUGGUUUGCGACGCGGCUUGGAACAACUCGGUCAGGAUGUUCGGGUUGGGGGUGAAUGCGGAGUGA